UGUUACCUUCAACAUCAAUUAUUGAUUAGUGUGUUUUCUCUUUUAGAAUUGUGUUAGGGCCUACUUAAUCUUGUCAUAAUUGAUGAAGUGAUAUUUGGCCACAUAGAGUAAAGAUAGAUUAUCCACGAUCAGUAAUUGAGACGCAGAAAUGAACACUCGGCAAUUUUUCAGCUCUCGAGAAAGGCAAACAAAUUCGACUCCCUGCUGACAGUGACAGUGCUGAUCAACAAGUCUCUCAGAUAGCUGUCACUGCCCACAGCGAUCACAUUCGCUUGUUGUCUUUGUGGAGUCAUCCAGUAUUUGGUACAGCGAAGACGGUUUUUAAUCAGUAAAGGAUAUGAACUGAAUGGGAAUAGGAUUAUAAUAAAGAAUUAAAUUAGAACAGUACUACUAGUACUAGCUAGUAAACGAACUUGGUUAUCAAUUCUCUAAUAAAAAUAAAAGUGAACACAAAUUAGCUUACAAGUUAAGAUAGGAUGUCUGAUUCAGAAGACGAAACUCCUGACAAGAAAUUGAAGAUUGUGGUUAUGGGUGAUGCUGCAUCAGGAAAGACCUCUCUCUGUACAAGAUAUUCUCAAGAACAGUUUAAUAAACAAUAUGGACAAACAGUUGGAUUAGAUUUCUACUUAAAAAGAAUUACUCUUCCAGGUAAUGUGAAUGUAACUCUACAGGUAUGGGAUGUCGGUGGUCAAACACUGGGAGGAAAAAUGUUAGAUAAUUAUAUCUAUGGUUCACAGGCCAUAAUGCUAGUCUAUGAUAUAACAAAUUAUUCAAGUUUUGAGAAUUUAGAAGACUGGUUUCAAGCUAUACGUAAAGUUUGUCCAGAUCCAAGAUCACCACAUAUGGCUUUAGUUGGAAAUAAACUUGAUUUAGAACAUAUGAGAACAGUUAAACAAGAAAAACAUCAACGAUUUGCUCAAGAACAUGGCAUGUCCAGCCAUUUUGUUUCAGCAAAAUCUGGAGACUCGGUGAGUUUAACUUUUCAAAAAGUAGCAGCGGAAAUUUUGGGUAUUAAAUUAACGAAGCCAGAAGUUGAGCAACAACAGCGAGUAUUAAAAGCAGAAAUUAUAAAAUACCCUGUUGAUGCCCCUGUUAAACCUCUUCCUAAACAAACACGUAGCACACUGUGUGUUAUACAGUAAUAUAUAACGACUAGUAAAAACGUACUUGGCAUAUAUUACAAUAUUUAAACUUAAAUAUAACAUUAAAAUUAGGCCACACAAAUUAUAACAACGAGUAUAAAUGGACUUGCCGUAAAUUACAAACAUUUAAACUUAAAUAUAACAUAUUAAAAUUAGGCCACAUCAAUUAUAACAAAAUAUAUAAAUGGACUUGCCAUAAAUUACAAACAUUUAAACUUAAAUAACUUAUUAAAAUUAGCCCACACCAAUUAUAACAACAUAUAUAAACGGACUUGGCCAUAAAUUACAAACAUUUAAACUUAAAUAUAACAUUCAAAUUAGGCCACUUCAAUUAUAACAACGAGUAUAAGCGGACUUGCCAUAAAUUACAAACAUUUACACUUAAACAUAACAUAUUAAAAUUACAAACGGACUUGCAACAAAUUACUAACAUUUAAAGUUAAAACAUAUUAACACACACAGUAAUGAUGUACUUGGUAUAAAAUAUUAUUUAAACUUAUUAAAGGCAUAUUAUAAGGCCACACCAAUUUGAUUUUUUGUUCUUUGAGAACACCGGUUUAAAUAUUUAUUUUUAUAUCUUACCGGAAAAUAGAAUGAUUUAAAAAGAAUUGUUGCUUGGUCUUCUCAAAAUCUUAAGUUCUAUAAUUAUAAGUUUUGAAAUUUUAAACAAAAAAGAGUUCGCAAGAACCAAAAUUUGUUAAGUUAUACCUAUAUUCCUGUAUGUGCUGCAGUAGAUGCAUGGGGAAUAUGAAGUCAAUGUCUCAUUAAAAAGUUAUUCAGCACAUAUUUAGGUCAUGCAUUAUUAAACAGAGCAAAAAGUGGGUGGGAUGUUUAUCAAAAACUGUACAAUGGCACACAUUCAGUCAAAGUAAGAAAGAUAAGGUAAAUAUAUGGCACCAUAUAUGGUUUUUUUAUGGCCAAUCCCAAAUUAUAUUCAGCUUUCUCAGUAAAACAAUUUUUUUUAGAAAACUACAGUGUAUAUGGAGAAUGUUUUAAAAUAUAUGCCUUGUACGUGAUAUUUCCACUGUAUAGUAUCAGUAUUAAUAUGGUAUUUAUAUGUUCACAUAUAAACACUUGUACAUAAUAAAACUCAAAUUAUAUUUUCACAUGUUAUGUACGUAUGACGGUUGGCAUAUUGGACCAGCAGAAUAGUAUUUUAAAAUAUUCAAAUUUCAUUCAAUGUACUUUAUUAUUGUUGAAUUAUGUAUAUGAUUUAUCUUAGACAAGCAGUGUUAUUGUUAUAUAUGGUGUUAUCAUUAUAUGAAUUGCAUAAUAACUUUAAUAGAUAAUGAAGUAUUAUACCCAUAGAGAUAUACAAAGUAUGAUGUGUAAUGCUCUGAUAUACUUGCUAUUGCAACAAAGUGCACAAUAAUUACUGAGGACGGGUACAUAUACAUACAUUAGAUACUUAUACAAUAAAUAAUAAUAAUGGAUUUGUAUAGCGCCUCGUAUCCAAAAGUUUGCUCACUGGCACAAGUGGCGGUGCCAGGGUGGGGCAAGGGGGGGGGGCAAAUCUGCCCUCUGUUUGCCCCCCCAAAUAAUUUUAGAAAAUAAAAGUAUUUGUGAUACGUUUCGGUAAUCAAUACCUUCUACGGUGAAUAAAUCCCACAUCCCCACUCAGUCAUAAACUUGCAUGUUGUAGAGCAUUUCCGACAGUCUAUUAUUCAAAAUUUUCUUGGCGAGGUCCCCAAUGGACUCGCUACUUUGGAGCUCACAAGGGGAAUUCGUUAAUUCGUUGAGGUUCGCAAGUCCGUUCGUUUGACAUUUUGUUCUCUAGUCGGAUAUAAACUAGUGAUCAGGCGACGAACGGUAUCUGGGCAGAUCUAUUUAUCUCGACGAUCGGUGCCUGACAGAAUACUGUAAGACAGCAUUUCCGGCAGUCUAUUUUUCAAAAAAUUUCUGGAAGAGGACUCCCUACUUUGACGCUCGUGAGUGGGCUUCGUCGUGAUUCGCAAGUCCGUUCGUUUGACACUUUACCUCAUCGAUCAGUUCCUGAAAUACUGCCAGGCUGCAUUUCCGGCAACCUGUUUUUCAAAAUUUUCUGGGGGAGGCCCCCUACCCCUAGUUGAAGCUCGUGCAUUUGCCCCCUUAACCUUGGACUUUGCCCCAGCUUUGCCCCUCCAAUCACCGACGGCUGGCGCCGCCACUGACUAGCGCUGAGUUAGUCUGUCACAUUUACGACAGUUUCCCAUCAUCUGCACUGAAUAGGUGUGUUUUUAGUAAGGAUUUGAAUGUACCCAAUGAUUUUGCAUCCUUAAUAUAUGAUGGUAGCCUGUGCAAAUAAUAUUAUUGAUUGAGUGUUGGAAUUUAAUUCUCUCAAUCCCUCAAAAGGUAAACAUUAAGAUUUGUAAAUAUCUUAUUAAUGUUAAAAAUAAUUAAGUAUAUUAAAAAGAUGUAUACUUUACAUAUGAAAUUUGUUUGGGUUAUAUUUAUUAAGCCAGAUUGACAACCAAUGUUUCAGGUAAUCAGAAUCUCUGAUAUGUAGUAUUUAACCUCAUUCUGUAUAAUCCUUGAGUGGAAUAUAACGAUUGAGCACAUUAAAAACACAACACAAUUUAUAUGAAAAACAAUCACUAGUUUAUACAUAUAUAG